AUGCGGCGCGGUCUUUCGAUAUCUCUCCUCGCCUGCCUCAUUGUUAUCGUUCUCCUGAUUCGCAACAUCUGGAUACUUUUAUCGCUUCUUGUCGAAGAUGCUGCCGCUGACGCGAUCCACCACGAGAAUAUUCCUGAGGUCUGGUUUGGGGCCCAGAAAAGCUGUAUUGACCUGCACCCGGACUACGAGUAUAUUUUGUGGACGGAUGAGAAGGCGCGUAACUUUAUCGCUGCCAAAUAUCCCUGGUUCCUUGAGACCUUUGAUGGCUAUAAAUACCCUAUCCAGCGCGCAGACUCGAUUCGCUAUUUCGUUCUGGCCUACUAUGGCGGAACUUACAUUGAUUUGGACGACGGCUGUAAUCGUCGAUUGGAUCCCCUGCUGGCUUACCCAGCGUGGCUACGCCGCACUGUACCAACUGGGAUCUCCAAUGAUGCAAUGGGCUCUGCGCCCCAGCACCCCUUCUUCCUGCGCGUAAUCGAAUUGCUCCAGCAGUACGAUCGUGACUGGCCUCUCCCUUAUAUUACUGUCAUGUACUCUACCGGGCCACUCUUCCUAUCAGUUAUCUGGGAAGAGUAUAUACAAGAUCCCCCGUCCGAAACGAACCGUAUCCGUGUUCUUAUGCAGGAUGAGUACAAGAACCACCUUUGGAGUUUCUUCACCCACCACACAGGAAACAGCUGGCACGGCAAGGAUGCACAGUUCAUUUUCUGGAUGGGCCAACACUGGAUGCUUCUCACUUUCUGCGGCGUCCUCCUCGCUUUCGCCGUCGGCUCCUGCCUCUUUUGGGCCUAUUAUCGAAUCGUACUACGACGAAAUCAGUAUCGAUACAGCUAUACCAGUGUCCCUUCAGGGAUUUUCCUUUCCAGUAUAUCACUCUCGCCUCUGCAGCGUGCGCGUCGCGGGGUUUCCACGCUACUGCCAGUGGGGAGGGUAAGCUUCGAAGAAAGCAAGGCUACCGAUGUUUCGUGCGAACUCGGUCGCAACGAAGACUAA